GCCCCCUAGGGCGAAGUCUCGCGAGAGAAUGAGCCCGGCCGUCUCUCAGCUGCGGAGGCGUCGCGGCCUACUGCUUCCCUGAGGCGGCCCUCGAGUAGAGAGCCAGGCUGAAAUCUCAGCCAUGGCGGCGGCGGUGGCCACGGGCUCGGGGGCUUCUUUGGUGCCGGGCUUCCUGGCCAAGCUGUGGGCCCUCGUCGAGGAUCGCGGGAGCGACGACGUGAUUUCGUGGAGCAAGAACGGGCAGAACUUUUGCAUCCUGGACGAGCAGCGGUUUGCCAAAGAGCUGCUGCCCAAGUACUUCAAGCACAGCAACCUGUCCAGCUUCAUCCGGCAGCUCAACAUCUACGGCUUCCGGAAGGUGAUUGCGCUGGAGAACGGCAUGAUGGCCUCCGACAAGAGCUGCGCCAUCGAGUUCCAGCACCCGCAUUUCAAGCGAGGCAAAGCCAACCUGUUGGCAAACAUUAAGCGGAAGGUGUCGGCGGUGAGGGCCGAAGAGCUGAAGGUCCCUCAGGAUGAAUUGCAGAAGGCGCUCUCCGAAGUCCAGGGGAUGCGGGAGCAGCAGAACCACAUGGACCUUAAGCUGGCGAGUAUGAAAAGGGAAAACAAGGCCCUUUGGAAAGAAGUGGUGUCCCUGCGCCAGAAGCACAGCCAGCAGCAGCAGCUCUUGUCCAAGAUCCUUGAAUUCAUCUUGGGGUUGAUGAGAGGAAACUGCAUUCUGGGGCUGAAAAGGAAACGGCCUUUGACCGACGCUUCAGGUGGCUCUCCUUCGAAGUUCAGCCGCUCCUACGUACGCAUUCCAGUAGAGAAUCGUGAAACUGCCGUCAUUUCAGACCACGAUCCAGAGUGCGAGGACUCCAUCGUGAUCCGCGACAUCACCGAUGUUCAAGAUGAGGAAGAAGAAGAGGAGGAGGAGGAUGGAGGGGGCGGCAGCGGCGGCGGUGGCACAGAGAACCUGCUGGCCUUGGAGCACAUGGCGAGUGGGAAUGGAGAUACAGCCCAGGCGUCUCCGAGAGAAAGCAUUCCUGCCCAGGGAGCACUGCCGCCCUCAGAGGCCUCGCCCAGCUCUGGACCGGUGCAACUCCUGGACACCCCAUUCAAGGCCAGUGCGGUGGAGCUGCACCCAGCCCCAGUCGUGUCCGGCGGGGAAGAUCCUGCGUCCAUGAUCGACUCCAUCUUGAAUGAGAACCAAGCCGCGGCCCAGAAUGACACUUUGCUUGACAGGGAGGAGAUCCAAGACUUCCUGAACUGCAUUGACGCCAGCCUCGAGGAACUGCAGGCCAUGUUCUCGGGAAAGAAGCUCGGCUAUGCCUCCGAUGCCGUUACCGAGACCUUCAAUCCAGAGCUUCCUGUGUGGGACAUGAACCUGACCGAAGUUCCAGCUGAUUUGAAAGAUACGGAGGACUUGCCCGGGAGCCUCGGCAUGGCAGGAAUGGGUGAGCCGGAGCCGCCGGGGAAGAAUGACAUGCAGCUGAUACAGUACAUUGGGAACCCCUUGCUUUCGCUGUUGGAAGACCUUCCUCCGAGCGAGACCCCGGAGGGCUCCAAGGACGUCCUCCUGGCCCCGAUUGGGGAGCGCUCCCCCUUGGCCCUCCCUCUGGCCGGUGAGGCUGAGGCCGAGACCCACACCAACGGGGCCAACCCUUCGGCCAAGCCUUCCCUGAUCCCCGAGGACAGCGGCGGGGAGUACCAGCUCUUCCCUCUCCUUUCGCUCAGCCCCGCGGCACCAGGCUUCGUCGAGGAGGCCCCCGAACCCGAUGCAACAUGACGCCAAGGGGGAGACAUUUGGGACAUCAAUCCACUCAAACUGCAAAAGUUUUAUGCAAGCGAAGGCCAAUAUCAUUGGAGUUUAUGUCUCUCCUGCUUCACCAAAACAGCGCAGUUCGAGAUAGACACAUUUGGGACAUCAAUGCAUUUGGAAACACUCAAAUUGCAAGAGUUUUAUGCAAGCGAAGGCCAAUAUCAUUGGAGUUUGUGUCUCUCCUGCUUCACCAAAACAGUGCAGUUCGAGAUAGACACAUUUGGGACAUCAAUGCAUUUAGAAACACUCAAAUUGCAAGAGUUUUAUGCAAGCGAAGGCCAAUAUCGUCGGAGUUUGUGUCUCUCCUGCUUCACCAAAACAGGGCAGUUCGAGAUAGACACAUUUGGGACAUCAAUGCAUUUGGAAACACUCAAAUUGCACGAGUUUUAUGCAAGCGAAGGCCAAUAUCGUUGGAGUUUAUGUCUCUCCUGCUUCACCAAAACAGCGCAGUUCGAGAUAGACACAUUUGGGACAUCAAUGCAUUUGGAAACACUCAAAUUGCAAGAGUUUUAUGCAAGCGAAGGCCAAUAUCAUUGGAGUUUGUGUCUCUCCUGCUUCACCAAAACAGUGCAGUUCGAGAUAGACACAUUUGGGACAUCAAUGCAUUUAGAAACACUCAAAUUGCAAGAGUUUUAUGCAAGCGAAGGCCAAUAUCGUCGGAGUUUGUGUCUCUCCUGCUUCACCAAAACAUCGCAGUUCGAGAAAGACCCUCGCAAGUAUCUGCCUGCGCCUGCACUGACUUUCAUUUUUAAAUAACGGGCAAAAGAACAAACUUUCCAUUUACUCUGCACAAAUAUUCUAUCAAGAGAGAAGCUAUUUGUAUAUAUACGCGUUGAGUUUGUAAAUCCACGUUUUUGCAGCUAUCUAUUCUCAAGGAACCCUGUGCUCCGAAUAACUUGUGUUUAUUUUUCCUGCUGAGAUUAUUCCUCCUCUGGAUUGUAUGUUUUCCACCCGUUUUGCUCACACUUUCCCCAUUUUUGUCUUCCGACCAUAUUGCAUUUUGGUGCAUCUUCUUAGAUCAUGAGCUCCCGGUGUCAGCAACUUCUGUUUCCUAUGGAAAACAAAAUACAUAUAUGUCUGUAUAUAUUUUAAACUCAUCCUUUGGGG